GGCAAUCCAUUCCCUACACUACGAUUCCGAAUUCAAAGCACAGCCUUACACACAAAUCUCACUCAACUCUUUAAAACCCAUAACUCUUUCAUUUCUCAAAUCAUUAACACAUUCACUCAAAACAUUUGACAACAAAACCAACGCACAUACAUUUCCUUUACUUAACUUUUAAAAGAACAAAAAUGGCUGACGACGCGCAGGACCUGGCCGACCGUGAGCGCAUUUUCAAGCGUUUCGACUUGAACGGCGACGGAAAGAUCUCUGCAGCGGAGCUCGGAGACUGCCUGAAAACCCUCGGCUCCGUCACCCCGGAUGAGGUUAAGCGUAUGAUGGCGGAGAUUGAUACUGACGGUGAUGGAUACAUAUCAUAUCAGGAGUUCACAGAUUUUGCUACAGCUAACCGUGGCCUAAUGAAGGAUGUUGCUAAGAUAUUUUGAUGUCAUAGCAAAUUCAUUAUUUCUCCUUAAUUGUUUUUUGCUUUGUGUUAUUUGUUAUUUAAUUUAAUUCUUUUUUUUGUUUUAAUUUAAUAGGAGAAUGUGAUUUUAUUCUUAAUGGUUGUGAGAGACGUCCAGUGGAUUUUGCUUUGGUAGUUAAACUGUAACCACUUGUCUCCUAUUUUUUUAAAUAUUUUUUUUUAAUUAUUAUAUAUAUCAUCUUUUGACAAAUUUAA